AUGCUCAGAGAUCAGCAUGAAGGUCCCGACGCCAUUGGGCGUCUAGCAAGAUCAUCGGCGAAUCGAGCGAAACUUGUAAGGGCCGGAUGCUCGAUCCACUCGGUCUAUGACGUCCCGUCGCCGGAGAGGAAACUCCGACGGGCUGCGAGCGACGGCCGUUCGAGCGUGAGCGACAGAGACGACAGCUCCUGCUACUUCGGGGGAUCCUCCGAGUCUGAGGAGAAGAUCGCAGAUUACACGGCAUGGAAGAAGCACGGGAGGCGACUGGCGGCAGCCUACCGAUGCUUGCGGACAUCGGCAGUGUUCGCGUGCUUCGAUGCCGACGAGAUGGACAGACUGGCCGACAAGAUCUCGACAGAGAAGUUCUGUGCCUACGUGCCUGCUCGAACUUGCGCGAUGCAGGAGGAGCAGGGCGACGGGAUCUGCUUGUUCCUGCACCGAGGAGCCGUCAGCUGCUACUCCAAGGGCAGCGACACCUUCCACCUCGCCGAAAGUGACUACGGGAGGAAGAUGUUCAGCAAGACUGCUCCUGUGCUGCACCCACAUGCUCGCUCCUCUCUGACUCUCCCCCAGGCUCUCAUCUGCGACCUCGCCUUCGUCUCCGGCUGCCCAUGGCCCUUCUCCGCCGUCACCGACAGCGACUCGGAGGUCAUCGUGAUCAUGAGAUCGCAGCUGGACGACAUGCUGGGGGACGCCAAGACCGAGAAGAAGGCGAUGAGAGAUGUCUCGGCGCACUUCCGGUACCUGUCGGAGAGGUCGAAUGUGGAGUUCAAAGAGUUCUCGGAGACCUUUGUUGGUGGACCUGACCAGCUCCUUCCCAUCUUCCGCGGGGUCAUGAAGCACCCGACCAUGCCUCCGAACUUCCGGCCUCUGAUCGCUCCUGUUGCUGUGCGGCUGAAGGAGCUGACGGAGAACAUCGCUCCCUCUCUCUUUCACCAGGCAGAAGAUCUCCUAUCCUCCUCAGCGGUCAAGCAAGACAGCAGUGACAACCUUGCCGUCAUCCGAUCCUACAACAUGGAGAGAAAACUUGAGCGCCAUGGCGACGUGCUCAGCCAGGCGAAGCUGCAGAUCGAUCUGUCAACAGCCACGUCGAGGAAAGCAAGACACGACAUGCUGGUGCUGAGGGAUCACUGUCGGGUAGCCAACAACUGGCAGACGCUAGAGAGGUUCGAAGACUACGAGCGUAAGGAAGUGAUCGGUGCAAAGAGCCUGCAGAAUCAGUUCCGAGACUUCAAGAUUCAACAUGUCGUCGACUACUACGACAGGCAACCCAAGGACUCAGACGUCCCUCGUGAUCUCAACCUGGCCCGCAGGCAUGGCAGGCGAGCGCCUGACCUGUUGAGGAAUGAGAUCGCGUUGCAUGCGCUCAAGAUGAAGGAGCGCAUGGAGGAGGCGAAGCAGACCAUCUUCGAUGCCGGGCUCCUCUCCAAGUACGUGAAGAAGCUGCAGAAGCCCUCAGCCAAAGAGAUGAAGGCGAGCGGGAGCAGCGCGUCUUUGACCUCAAAGUCAGGGGGAAAGAAUUCUUUGCCGCAGCCUCUGCCCUGGCAGCGAAAGUUUCCUGAGCUCCUGCAGAAGAAAGCAAAGCCCACGGCCAAGGAUCGUCUGCCUUCGAUAGGCAAGCCAGCUAGACGGAGCCAGUCGGUCGAGCCAGUUGGUGAGAGGCACGAAGAAUUUCUGUUCUCGCGCGACUAUGGGAAAGAGCUCCUAGAGACAUCGCUCACAGAUUCAGAAGAUGAUCAGGCUGAGCUGAAGUGA